CCCCUUCCCUCUCACGUCCAAUCGUUCUUGUUCAUCCUGACUGCUACAGCUCUUAGACCGCUACUUGCACGCUUCAGAGCGACCCAGCUGACGCACAUGAUGACUGCAAGCGACGCGUUCAUCCCCCUGCCUCCUGCCCGUGAGAUACCCUCGACAUUCGUUGCUAGCGUCAAGAGCUGGUGGGCUGCAGGAGAGAAGGAGAGUGCUGCUAGCGAGGAACGCUUACUAAGAAAGCUCCCUUACUUUCGACCGGCUGGAUCCCAACCCCCAACACCAGAUUAUGCGCAUGAUGUUGUGGCGCAGAGCUCAAGGAUUGAGCUUGAUGACCCGAAGCAUUUCCUCAACACCUUCGCGAUAACUCCCACCAAGCCUGCGGCAGAUGCACCACCACCUGCGGUAAUGCUUCAUGGCUAUGGUGCAGGGCUCGGCUUCUUCUUCCAGAACUUUCCAGCACUAGGACGUUGGGCGGGCAAACGCGGCGCGUCCGUAUACGCCGUGGACUGGCUCGGAAUGGGGCGCUCCGCGCGGGUUCCCUUCCACGUCAAAGCGAAACGGGAAGACAUCGAUGGCCGCGUCCGCGAGGCUGAGUCGUUCUUCAUCGACUCGCUGGAGCAGUGGAGGCAGAAGAUGGGUCUCGAAUCAAUGACGCUCAUCGGCCAUUCGCUGGGGGGCUAUCUCUCCGUCGCAUACGCCCUCCGCUAUCCCACGCGCGUCAACAAGCUCAUCCUGCUCUCGCCCGCAGGUGUCCCGCACGAUCGGAACAGCACCGUGCCCUCGCGAGAGCUCACGGACGAGCAGGCGACGGGCGCGUCGAGCGCGGAUCACGCAGAACCCGCUAGCUCGCGCAAGGUCGAGGAAUUGAAAGCGAGCCAGGAGGAGGCGCAGCGUCAGGAGAGCCGCUCCCGCAAGGUCUUCACGUAUCUGUGGGAGCAGGGCUGGAGCCCGUUCCAGGUCGUUCGCUCCACCGUCUUCUGGAGCCCCAUGCUUAUCGGGAAGUACUCUUCACGACGGUUCAUCGGUCUGGGUGACGAGGAUACCCGGGCGAUGCACCACUACAUCACGAACAUCACGCUCGCGAAGGGCUCUGGGGAGUAUUGUAUAUCACAUUUGCUUGCUCCUGGCGCUCAUGCACGCCGCCCACUCGUUGAUCGUAUCUCCGCACUCAAGAUCCCAAUAACCUUCGUUUAUGGUGAUCACGACUGGAUGGACCCGGAAGGCGGAAAGGAGUCCGUCGAGAGACUACGUCAAGCCGGCAACGGCAAUGGUCGCAUGUACAUGAUCCCUCAUGCAGGUCAUCACGUCUACCUUGACAACCCGAAAGCAAUGAACGACCUGCUCGUCAAGGAACUCGAUCGCGCCGCGGAUCCCAGCCGCACGUCUUAUUCUCCAUAGACGCAAGCCUAGAAUUAUUCAUACUGAUAUGAACUAUUUCCCUGGUUCACCUUGAUAUUCCCUCUCCUUGGACGGACGUGACACUCGUCAUCCAUUCCUUCUCGGCCUUCCCAUCAUUUGCGCUGCAUAGUUCAGUGCUACUGCUUCUGUUCACUUACUCCUCAAGGGCUCUCUGCAUUAAUGACUUUCGUCGUGUAUCAGCUGCAUAGUACAAGAACUGUAAUAUAUCUGAGCGCAUUGCACGGACAUAUCCACUAUUGAAUCUGUCCUUCGCGGGAGGGUAGAGAACCAGCGCUCGUUUGCUCGAGGCGGCGCACGCCCAAGCCACGC